AUGGCGGACAGCGUGACCCCAAGCCCCGUGAAAACUCAACUUGUAGACGGGAAGGUGUACGCGCUGGGCGGUAUGGGCGCCGACACGACGCCUCAGGCUCUGGUCAGAGUGUACGAGGCCGAGAAGGACCAGUGGCAGCCGAUGGCCUCCAUGCCGACGCCGCGGUACGGAGCCACGCCCUUCGUCAGAGGAAACAAGAUCUACAUCAUGGGCGGUCGUCAGGGAAAGAUGCCGGUGACGGCGCUGGAGGCGUUCGACCUGGAGACCAAGAGCUGGACGCGCUACCCCUGCAUCCCCAGCCGGAGGGCCUUCUCCUGCUGCGCCUCCAACGAGCGCAGCCUCUUCAGCCUGGGGGGCCUCCAGCAGCCGGGGCCCCACAACUUCUACUCCAGACCUCACUUCGUCAGCACCAUGGAGGAGUACGACCUGGAUCAAGGCAUUUGGAUCAAACCGUCCCGAACGUCCAGGAUGAGGGAGAAGAGGGCCGACUUCGUGGCCGGAUGUCUGGGUGGAAGAGUCAUCGUCGCCGGCGGUUUAGGUAACGAGCCGUCGCCGCUGGGCACCGUGGAGAGCUACAACCCGGUGAAGCGGCGCUGGGAGUACGUGGCGCCGAUGCCCACGGCCCGCUGCUCCUCGGCCCUCCUGCAGACCGCCGGCAUGCUGUUUGUGAUCGGCGGCGUCGCCCAGGGACCCAGCAACGCCGUGGAGGCCCUCUGCCUGCAGGAAACCGUGUGA